AUGCCCCCAACUAUUCCCAUGGGCACACCCGGCGAAGCCGGCGCAGCCUUAUACAGCCCGUUCACCUUGUACUUUUACAACUAUUGGGUUCUGGGAGUUUCCAAUUCAUAUGCAUGGUGCUGCUCGACCAAAGAUAUUCAGCUACCGUUUUUUCGCAAGUUUAUGGGGCAACGACACCUUGACAUCGGACCUGGAACGGGCUAUUACCUCGCAAACGCUGGAGUGCCGGAGACAACUGAAAUGACAUUGAUGGAUUUGAACCCAAAUUCCCUCGAAACUGCAAAGAGCCGCUUCGGCAGGCCAUCCACCAGGACAGUUAAAGCAGAUGUGCUAGAACCGCUCCCUCUCAGCGGUGUCUACGAUUCUAUCUCGGUCUUCUACCUCCUUCAUUGUCUCCCGGGUCCACUGGAGCGCAAGAUGAAGCUUUUCGCGAACUUGAAGCCCCUUUUGGCGGAGGGAGGAACGAUAUAUGGGACCACCAUCCUAGGGAAGGAUGUCCACCACAAUUGGCUCGGUCGCAUUCUUAUGAAUCUUUACAACUCGAAAGGCUACUUCGGCAAUUGGGAAGAUGGAGAAAGCGGGAUUCGAACUGCCCUUUGCAGAAAUUACAAGAAAGUGGAGAUAAAAGUGGUGGGGCGUGUGCUUAUGUUUUCAGCCUCACAGCCCAACUACCCGUGA